UGUGUUCUGUUAGCAAUCUCUGAGAUAGGCUUAUCGACGUGGAUGAUGCGCUGAGUGGGAGAAACGUGAUCGUUAUCUGCAAUUACUGCCCGUUUCAUCUCCGCGGAAUUGAGAAAACUUGGAACCUUAAUCGAUUGACUGCGUUUCUCCGUGGGCAUGCAAAGAUAAAUCUACGCGGAUCUCCCCAUUCAGACUCUCGCUUGCUUGGCACUGGCAUUUCAUUUCAAACAAGAGACUUGACAAAACUCGAGGAACAGUUCUGAGCAUAAGACUGCAAGACCCCGCAGUGGCAAUUUCAAGAUGAGGGAUGCAUCGGAUAGCGGAUCCUUAGCACCUUUACUGACGGCCGUGAACGUCGAGUCCCAUGUGCAUUUGAUCAUCGGGUCCAACCCUCUUGCAGCAGCUCGCUGUGCUAAAAGCAUCGAAGCUGGUGCAGAGCCGGUCCUCAUUGCCCCGGACACAGAGGAACUGCAGUAUACGUUGGUCGAGCGGAUUGAGAACGACUCCGUGAAAUGGAUCCGCAGAGAGUUCGAGGGUGCCGAUCUUACGAGCCUAGGGAGAGAGGAAGUCGACUGUGUUGUAGACAUGGUCUUCGUCACUUUAGGCGGAAACAACCCAACGAGUGCACAUAUCUCCAAGCUGUGCCGUCGUCUGAGAAUCCCAGUGAAUGUGUCCGACGCUCCGGACCUCUGCACAUUCAGCUUGCUGUCCACAUACUCGGAUGGCCCUCUUCACAUCGGUAUUACGACAUCAGGACGCGGCUGCAAGCUGGCCUCCCGACUCAGGAGAGAAAUCUCGUCCGGACUUCCAUCAAAUCUCGGGAAUGCCAUUGACAGGCUUGGUGCAGUGAGAAAGCGCCUCUGGGCCGAAGAUUAUGCUGCCGGACUGUGCGAUGCACCUCUUGAGGGCGACGAAGAUGAUUCGACCGGCCAACGGCAUACUUUCAACACGUUAGUCACAGAAGACGAUAUCUCCGCAGCCAGAACCCGCCGCAUGCGCUGGCUAUCUCAGAUUUGCGAGUACUGGCCCCUUCGCAAACUGGCCGCUAUCACCGAUGAAGACAUCAAUGCCAUCCUGGAAGCGUACUCAUCUGGCAAAGAAGGGCCCAAAGAUAUCGGCGGCCGGGAGUCUUUGUCAAAGAAAGGGAAAAUUGUUCUUGCCGGCUCUGGCCCAGGACACCCAGACCUACUCACUCGCGCGACAUACAAUGCCAUACAAACAGCGGAUAUCAUCCUCGCCGAUAAACUCGUCCCCGCACCGGUUCUGGAACUGAUCCCACGCAGGACCGAAGUCCACAUCGCGCGCAAGUUUCCAGGCAACGCAGACCAGGCCCAAGAGGAGUUCUUGAAAAUGGGAAUAGACUCUCUGCGUCGAGGAAGACACGUCCUUCGACUGAAGCAAGGCGAUCCGUACCUCUAUGGCCGGGGAGGCGAAGAAUUCGAAUUCUUCCGAGCUGAAGGAUACACACCAGUAGUCCUUCCCGGCAUCACCAGUGCACUGAGCGCUCCCCUCUUCGCAGACAUCCCCUCCACGCACCGCGGCGUGUCCGACCAGGUUCUGAUCUGCACAGGCACCGGACGAAAAGGCGCCGCCCCAGAACCCCCUACUUACGUUCCCACACAAACCGUCGUCUUCCUAAUGGCCCUACAUCGUCUGUCCGCGCUCAUAGAAUCAUUGACUACCGAGCCAGCAGAGGGCUUUCGUCCACGGAUCCCCUGGCCACGAGACACUCCGUGCGCAAUUAUCGAGCGCGCCUCCUGCAGCGACCAACGCGUCAUCCGGUCCACAUUGGAGCAUGUCAGCGCAGCCUUCGAAGCUGAGGGCUCGAGACCUCCCGGUUUGUUGGUGGUGGGUGCUAGUUGCCACGUUCUGCAUCCCGCUCAGGGUCAGAAAUGGGUCGUCGAGGAGGGAUUUCGGGAGUUGGAUGAGUUGCUUACGGAGGCUACCUGUCGGGAUGAGGCUUUAUGAUCGUUAGGGACGGUUUUCACUAGAUCUGGAUUUUGUUGCAUAGAUACCCACCCACCCCAUAGAUGAAAGAA